CAGUAGAUUCAUCAUUCGGUCUGAUUGUGAUCAGUUAUCAGAUCAGAUCAGAUCAGAUCAGUUUUAGGCUGCAGUUAUGAGGCUUCGUGCAGCUUUAUUAGCGCUCUGUGCGGCGGUGAUGAGCGUGGAGGCGGCGGUGCAUUAUAAAGAGCAGUUCCUGGAUGGAGACGGCUGGAAGAGUCGAUGGGUGGAAUCCAAGCACAAAUCAGACUACGGCCCCUGGAAACUCUCUGCAGGGAAGUUCUACGGUGACGCCGAGCUCGAUAAGGGUCUUCAGACUAGCGAGGAUGCUCGGUUCUAUGCCCUGUCCAGUCGGUUUGAGCCCUUCAGCAACGAAGGCAAACCACUGGUGAUCCAGUUCACCGUGAAACAUGAGCAGAAGAUCGACUGCGGAGGCGGAUACGUGAAGAUCUUCCCCUCCGGUCUGGAUCAGACCGAAAUGCACGGAGAAUCUCAGUACUACAUCAUGUUCGGUCCUGACAUUUGUGGCCACAGCACCAAGAAAGUGCACGUCAUUCUCAACUACAAAGGUCAAAACCACCUGAUCAAGAAAGACAUCCGAUGCAGAGACGAUGAGUACACGGGCCUGUACACACUGAUCCUGCGACCUGACCAGACCUACGAGGUCAGAAUAAACACUGAGAAGGUCGAGUCCGGGUCUCUAGAGGAGGACUGGGACUUCCUUCCUCCCAAAAAGAUGAAGGAUCCAGAAGCCAAGAAGCCAGAGGACUGGGACGAUCGUGCCAAAAUUGAUGAUCCAGAGGACACAAAACCAGAGGACUGGGUUAAACCCGAAAACAUUCCUGACCCCGAUGCCAAAAAGCCUGACGACUGGGACGAAGACAUGGAUGGAGAAUGGGAGCCACCGAUGAUCCCCAACCCGGAGUACAAGGGUGAAUGGAAACCCAAGCAGAUUGACAACCCCAGCUACAAAGGAGCGUGGGUUCAUCCAGAGAUAGACAACCCUGACUACACACCUGAUAACACCAUUUCCAAAUUUGACAGCAUCGGUGUAAUCGGGUUAGAUUUGUGGCAGGUGAAGUCUGGUACCGUCUUCGAUAACUUCCUGAUCGCAGAUAGCAUCGAGGAGGCAGAAGAGUUUGCCAAAGAGACAUGGAAAGUCACUCAGGGCCCGGAGAAGAAAAUGAAGCAGAAGCAGGAAGAAGAGGAGAGAACACUGAGAGAGGAGGAGAACAGCAAGAAGGACAACGAGGAAGAAGCUGGUGGUGAUGAGGAUGAAGAGGAGGAGGAGGAUGAGGAAGAGGAAACUACAGAGGAACCCAGCCCGACGGAGGAGGAAGAUGAUGAAGAUCACGCUGCUAAAGAUGAAUUGUAGUGUGUUAAGCAGCUCUGUGUAGUUCUUAGGCUUAGAAGAACCUACUGAUCUUCCCUCACUCUUACUAAACCACCGGGACAGUAGUGUGUGCUGUGGUUUUAUUUCUGCCCUUAUUUUUUUAAUUGUGGUACAAAUUCUGCACCACUGUACCCCCCCUCCCUACAAACCUUCCCCCCCCUCCCCUACAAACCUUCCCCUCCCUCGUUUCAUUAAGUUAAAUUUCAUUUUGUGUCCUGAUUUAUUUUCUUUGUAUUGCUGCUACCCUGUUCCUCUGCCUUUUCACCAAGUCUCAAAUAAAACCUAAAUAUGAGUUCAGAUUAUUGUUUUGACCUAAAAAGAAAAAAUAAUGUAUUAUUUGUAGGUUGUUUGCACUUUUUUAAAUAAAAGAUUUUCUCAAACAGAA